AUGAAUGGUGUCACUGGGCAUGAACCAAAUCUUGAUUCAGAUAAUUCUGGGUUUGUUGAAAUUGAUCCUACUGGAAGAUAUGGAAGGUACAAUGAGAUUCUUGGUAAAGGGGCUUCAAAAACAGUUUAUAGAGCUUUUGAUGAGUAUGAAGGGAUUGAGGUAGCCUGGAAUCAAGUGAAGCUUUAUGAUUUUCUGCAGAGUCCUGAAGACCUUGAGAGGUUGUAUUGUGAAAUUCAUCUGCUCAAGACUUUGAAACACAGAAAUAUUAUGAAGUUCUACACUUCUUGGGUCGAUGCUGCAAAUAGGAACAUCAAUUUUGUGACAGAGAAGUUCACCUCUGGUACUCUCAGACAGUAUAGGCUGAAACAUAAGAGAGUUAAUAUUAGAGCAGUAAAGCAUUGGUGUAGACAGAUAUUGCAGGGUCUUCUUUAUCUCCACAGCCAUGACCCUCCUAUUAUUCAUAGAGAUCUCAAAUGUGAUAACAUUUUCAUUAAUGGGAACCAAGGAGAAGUGAAGAUUGGUGACCUUGGCCUUGCUGCAAUUCUUAGGAAAUCCCACGCUGUUCAUUGUGUAGGAACACCAGAGUUCAUGGCUCCAGAGGUGUAUGCAGAGGAAUACAAUGAAUUAGUGGAUAUUUAUUCAUUCGGUAUGUGCGUUUUGGAAAUGGUGACGUUUGAAUAUCCAUAUAGUGAAUGCACUCACCCUGCCCAGAUUUAUAAGAAAGUGAUCUCUGGAAAGAAGCCGGAUGCUCAUUACAAGGUUAAGGAUCCUGAGGUGCAUCGAUUUGUCGAGAAAUGUUUAGCUACAGUGGCCGACAGGCUAUCAGCGAGAGAGCUUCUUAAUGACCCUUUCCUCCAGAUUGAUGAUAAUAAUUCUGAUUUGAGGCCAUUAGAUUAUUGUAGAGAUUACGAUGAAGUCAAUCCUAGGUUAAGGCAACCGGUCUUGAGUGUUCAUAAUAGCAGUUCUUUCAAUGAUUACUCCAAUUAUCAAGGUUAUGAGCAAGAGAAUGACUUGGAUUGCCAUUCUAUUGAAUACGAGGCAAAUGAAAUAGAUUUGUUCAUGAGUCAAGAGGAUGAUCACUUGGAAAAUGUAGACAUUACAAUCAAAGGGAGAAGAAAAGAAGACAAUGACAUCUUUUUAAGACUAAGAAUUGCAGAUAAAGAAGGUUGUAUCCGAAAUAUUUAUUUUUCCUUUGACAUUGAAACUGACACGGCUUUGAGUGUUGCUGCUGAAAUGGUUGCCGAGUUGGAUAUCACCGACCAAGACGUGACUAAGAUAGCAGAGAUGAUCGACAGUGAGAUUGUUUCCUUGGUUCCAGAGUGGAAGAGGGGCAAAGAAAUUCUCGAUGAUGCAAACAAUAGUUACUGUCAAAAUUGUGCUUCAGAUGGUUCUCUUGUCGACUAUUUAUCCUCACAUGGGCUAGGCAAAAACCUUCAAGUUCUUCAAUGCUCGAAGCACGGAUGUGGUGAAGUACAUGGACGGUUUGAAGAGAUCACGUACCAGUUUGAGGCGCCCGAGGAAUGUGUUACAGAAGGUGCUCCAGUGGCGUCGAGCCAGUCUAAUGGCAUGCACUAUACUGAUAUCUGGGCACAACACGAGGGUCCUGAAUUAACUUCUGGUGAUAAUGAUAAAUAUGAAACUGUUGACCAAUCAAGGAAGGACGACAGAACUACGAGGAUUGACAAGAAGUCCUCCAAUGUGAGAGGUUCCCUGACUAAAACUUCUUCGACUCUGGCAGAAGAUUAUGAGAACAAGAUAAGGCAGGAGCUGAGGUGGUUCAAGGCCAAGUAUCAAAUGCAGUUGAGAGAGCUUAGAGAUCAACAACUUGGGGUUCUGUCAAAUUAUUCUACUUCUGAUUCCAGCACGCCGAAAGAAGAGAAGGGUGAGGGUGAUGUUCCACUUAACUCUUUUGCACCCGGGAAACAAUUUACUACAUUCAAAUCCAUAAAUGGCAAAACACAUCGUAUAAAUCAAAAGGUUCACGGUUACGAGUCUGCAUAUAAUUCUUGUUGUCCAGAUCAUACGAUCACUGCCAAAAGUUUCUAUGCUGGUUCAUUGUUUCAAAAUUCACUUCAAAGGGCCACCUCUCUACCAGUUGAUGCUACGGAUAUCUAA